AUGCAAGUUAAAGUCAAGACAUUGACCGGUAGAGAUAUCUUGGUUGACGUUGAACCAACCGACAAGAUCAUCAGAGUCAAGGAAAUGAUGGAAGAAAAAGAAGGUAUCUCUCCUGCACAACAACGGUUGAUUUUCAAUGGGUCCCAAUUAGACGACGACAAGACUAUUCAAGAAUCAGGUAUUCUGGCUGGUGCCUCGUUACACUUGGUAUUAACUUUAAGAGGUGGUCAUUAG